AUGAAUGGGGACAUAAGCCUCUCUCGGGCACUUGGCGGACUCCGAAUAGCUAACCCCGAUGAGGCCGGUAAUGGUAUUCGCCCUGACUCUUCCGCAAAUGCUCAUGAUCCCGACUCCAAAUCUACAACCACAGCUCGCGACAACAUUGACAAUGAUGCAGUAAACACCACUGCGGAAGAGCGAAGCUACGCCAAGUACAAAGAAACGGCCAUCGAUGCUGGCAGAUCAAACUCCAGCACAGCCACUCCAUUGCCUGUCACGAACAGCCGCGAUGCCGCUUCAACUCGAGAUAAGAUUGUUCUCGAUGGCCAACGGUUCCCCAAUCCGACACAUCAAGAAUCCCCAGCAGUUGCAUUCAAUACCGGAAUCCCAGCUCGUGAAAGCUCUAUGGCAUCCGCAAAUCGCUUUUCCACGUCACCUGGCAGAAGUUUGGGCCGAGUAACGACUGACGAGCUACCCAUAAAUCAGUCCAGCGAAGACUGGAAAGAUCGGGGUGCAGCUGUUGGCCUUCGCCGCGAAAUCGACAGUUCCGGCCGCAUGGUAGUUCGGCAGAUCAAAAAGGGUGUCCGUGACUUCUCCUUCGGUCGCAUCUUGGGAGAAGGCUCCUACAGCACGGUCUACCUUGCCACCGAUCGGCAGACCCUGAAGGAGUACGCAAUCAAAGUCCUUGAGAAAAGACAUAUAAUCAAGGAGAAGAAGAUCAAAUACGUGAAUAUUGAGAAAAAUACGCUCAAUCGCCUCACAGAACAUCCUGGAAUUGUACGACUCUAUUACACAUUCCAAGAUGAAGCGUCUUUAUACUAUGUGCUUGAUCUGUGCAACGGUGGAGAACUAUUAGGGGUUUUAAAGAAAACCGGAACCUUCGACGUGGAUUGCGUCAGGUUUUAUGGUGCGCAGAUACUGGAUGCAAUCGACUACAUGCAUUCUCGGGGGGUUAUUCAUCGUGAUUUGAAACCUGAGAACGUUUUGCUGGACGACCAAAUGCAUGUUAAGAUAACCGACUUUGGGACCGCGAAACUUCUCGGCGAUCCUCGUGAAAGUACAGCAGCAAACUCAAUUGACCGUGGCGGCGCAGUCAGUCGAUCACAACGGGGUAUUGAAGAGGACAGUCGUGCGGCGUCGUUUGUGGGCACAGCAGAGUAUGUUAGUCCUGAGCUUCUUACUCAUAAAAGCGCAGGCAAGGCUAGCGACCUCUGGGCUUUUGGGUGCAUCAUAUAUCAAUUAUUUGCCGGACGUCCACCGUUCAAAGCGGGGAGCGAGUAUCUCACCUUCCAGAAGAUCGUAAACCUCGAAUACGACUUUCCUGCUGGAUUUCCACCUCCCGCGCGCGAUCUUAUUGAGAGGUGUUUGGUCCUGGAUCCUGCAAGAAGGCUUACAAUUGAGCAUAUAAAGAAUCAUGAGUUUUUCGAUGGACAGCAAUUUGGGAAAGGCUUAUGGCGAGCGAAGGCACCAAGACUACGACCAUAUAUACCUCCUGCGCAGGAGCCUAAUAUCAUCCAAUUGAACGGAUUCCCUUCUAGCGCCGGGAAGUCAAACAACAAUAACCAAACCCCUAGACCUACGCCACAGCCACAAACUGCCACUAAUGUCGGAAGCAGCCGGCCGGUGAGAAUCAUUACAGAGCUUCCUCCGCCUACACAACUAGACAUUGAGUGGUCACCAGUGUUGACAAAGAACAAUGAACGAAUAUUGAGGCUGGGAGAUCUAAUGGUGGUUUCCACCCCUCUGCCAAACAGCAUUCAUCGAAAAGGAUCUGACGAAGGCCAUAAAAAACUAUCUCGUUUCUUCGGGGGUAGUACAACCAAGAAGAGGCAGCGCUUGGUGAUGGUGACCUCAAGCGGCCGUAUUGUGCUUGCUCCGGCGGGAGGGGAGGAAAAGAGGGCAAAGCAAGAGCUAUCACUUCUAACCUCAGAUGCGACUUGGAGAACACAACUGGAUGCCAAGGGGCAGCUCAUAUGGUGUGUUGAUACGGCCGGUUACCAUUACACAUUUGAAGAGACCAAGCUUUCUGUGAAUAGUGAUGAGGAGCGACCCUCAGCGGACGAGUGGGUUGAAUGCCUUGAGAAGGCAAGGGAUAUGGCCUUGUCUCAAGGUGCGAACCCUCCAAGCAACGAUGGGCCAUUCGCAGAUAUAUCUUCUGCAGUGUCGAGUCCAGCCAGUACCUUGGGCAGUAGAGCUCAGUAUCAGGAAGGCAAUAGUCCUCACGAUCGAAAUGGACGCAAUCAUUUGAGCAAAAACCAACCUGGGCACGAUGAUUUGACGUCAAAACGGAAUCGAUUCAGCAAACGACACUCGCGGAACGGCUUAGGAUCCGCUUUUUAG